AGAGAGAGCAGAGAGCAAAGACAGAGCAAAGUCAGAAGUGAAUCGACUGAUACCCCGGACUUGAUUAAAUCUUUUGAGUUUAUGAUAGAGAAAAAGACACUUAAGACUUCUUUGUACUUAUCCGUGUGUGUGUGCGCUUUGCCUUUAAGAUCGGACAGAGAGUCGAUAAUGGACGUUGGCGGUUCGCCUGAUUAGGAUAACAUGGGGAUGAAUGGCGGGGAUUUAUCUCAUUUCGCAUAACUCUAAUGAGCCCUCUUGAGAAAGUGCUCGAAAAGUUGUGCAUAGUUGAGUUUUGAAAGUGGCAGAAAACCAUCGAGGGAGGUAACGGUACUCUUCUUUGUCUUUUUACACCUCCCUGGAUCCUGUUAUCAUGACGGUAAGUUGCACCUUAUACAUCCAAAAUACAUGCCUGUUUAUUUAUUAAUUAAAAUAAGUGUUUUUUUAUAUGAGACGAGUGAAAGUUAUUCAUGUAUCCUCUUUUGGUUUUAACUUGUCUGUGAAAAGGCUUUUACAGUUAUUUCAACGGCUCUUAACGUCUUUUAACGUCUCUUUGAUUCGAGGGGUGUGCACGCGCUCACAGGGUAGAAAUUUCUCCAACUUCGUGCCAGUUAAAGACCGUUUUUUAAGUCACAUUAGUGCUUUUUCUUUCAGUGCAGCUUUGUUAAACCUUGUAUUUUCGCAUUUCCAUCCUUGUGGCAAGCCUGUAGAAACCAUGUCGGGUCCCAGGUGUGCUGUAAUUUUAUCUGUUGACCCUCCUGUGUUGUUUACAGUAGCAGGAAGAGUCAUUAGCCAGUAGCUUGAGCUCUAUGUGUCAGUUUUUACAGUGAGCUGUUACACACGCUCUCUGUUUGCGUACACUCAGCUACCAAAACACUACAAACACCAACUAACCACAACAAUAAUGAACACCUGGACAAUUAAAUGCAACCUUGUAUUACAGCUCUGCCAUAAAUUAUGCUCUUACUAGGAAGUAGAAUUUGAUGUAGAGCUGUAAUGUUGGAUCCAGUAGAUGUUAUAGCUCAGCAUAUGCAUUUUGGUUAAUCAAUUUUGACAUGUUUGAUAAAAAAAACCAUGCAUUUCACAGUUUUAAAGCUUUAAAAGCUUGAUUAAGGUAUUAAAGGAAUGCAUUUCAAAGUACUCAAUGAUCUUAACCUUUGGAUUUAUUGUAAGUGCUGCAACUCGGUGUCUAUGAGAUCUGACACCAGGACUAAGAGGUUGAAAACAGCUCCACAGUCCCCACCUAGGUUAUUUUUUUAAUGUAUUUUAAGGAUUACAUUGCUACUCACAUACCUACAAAAUGUCUAGCCAGUGUCAAUAUAAUAGACAGUUAUUCAAAGAUAUUUUUUUUUGAUCAAGGUCUUUUUAUUUAGUUUUACAAAUUAUAGUUUACAAUUUAAUACAAGUCCAACAGAACAGGACUGUAAAUUCCAUCCACCCCCCACAAAUACCAGAUUUACAGAAUCCACAGAAUGACAUACAUUGUUCGAAAUACAGAGUUCACAUAGCCAGAUUGAAAAAAAGGUAAUAUAAUAAUAAUGAUGAUGACUGAGGACAACAGCAGAGGUUUACAGUACUAUAUUGUCUGCCUCCAUAUCUUCAGCAAACAUUAAGAAAGGCUGCCAAAUUUAUAAAAAAUUUCGAGUAGACCCUCUGAUAGUUUGAUUCCUCACUGACGCCCAGUGAUGUCUGCAUAAUGCACCAAGAUUUAGGGGUUCCUGUUUGGUUGCUUUCUCUAAGUCAAACAGGUCCUGUACGAAUAACUCGUUGAUUCUUGCAACCAUAAGGUGUUUGACUGGUCAAAAAAUGCCAACCUGAGGAUGUCUCUAUGACCCUAGUUUUCCUUAACAUUGUCCAGUCUGUAAUCAACGCCAGUGCCACCUAUUCAACAAGCACUAGGGUUAAUUUCUUCAAUUUAGUCAACAUCUGCACGUCUGUGGUGACUGAUACAGUUUUGUUUUUUUGUUUAAAUCAGUCUGAUGAUCUUACUUUUAAUGUGAAAUAUGCUGCUCAAAAGCUCCACCACUGCAGCAUUAAGAGCAGAGAGAGUGUGUUGACUUCAGAGAUGUGAUCAGUUAAUCUAAGCAAAAAGAUGUAUGGAGUAGAGCCUUGCAUGAUGCUGUAUAUCCCUGAAAAACAAAAAAUCUACCAGACAACACUCCUCUGUAGUGAUGGGAAAUCGUACUCAGUGAGAGUAGACUUUCUUUCAAACUGCCGCCAGCGUUCGACCCUCUUUCUUCCGCUUCUGACUUUUCUAGAAAGGUCACUGAUCUGAGAACACAUGACAGGGAAGGCAUUGUGGCAUUGGUGUUGUUCAGGACUGAUGCUGCCCCCCCUUUUUUUUCAGCGACCUUCUGUGGCCACUCCCUGACCUUACUCAUAGGCAUGUAUGGACUUGAUAACAUUCAUGUAUGAUGAGGUUUGACACAUCAGCGCUAUUGUAUUUACACACUUUGAGGCUAGGUAAUAAAAAAGACCUUGGUUAUUACUGAUCCUCCUCAUCUCUUUGAUGGUAAAAAUUCUCAAAUGGUGUGAUAGAAAAUGAUGGGGUAGGAUGAUAGGAUAUGAUGGGACUCGAUACAUGACAAUAUGAUAGGAUAAAUACUAUUAAGAUAGGAUAUGGUACAAUAAGGUAUGUUACACUCUUUUGUCCAAGCAGGGAAAUUUGUCUAGGAUCCAUUUGCAAUUUAUUUAACUGUGUACGUGGUAAUUUUAGUAAAUAAAAAAAAUAAUGAAAAAAAUAAAACAUUGUUCAUGUACACAGAGAAAUACAUGCCGGUGACAACUAAAAACAAAUAUUUUACAUAUUAAAUACAUUGCUCAUUUUCUGUGUAGUACACAUAACAAGUAAAAAAAAGAUAAGAACAAUACAAAGUGUAUCUCAACUUGUUACUUCCCGCUGCAUGUAUUUCCUCUACUCGCAGUGUAUUGGCAAACACUUGACCUUAAAAUGUGAAGCAGAGAUGUGCUGAAUCACUCAGAGAAAACUUGUCAAGUACUGUGGUUUACAACAGCAGAACUAAAGCAAGGGGCAGAGCAUAAAUACACGUAUAGAAAGGUUAAGGCUGGAAAUGCUAAAAAAUCCCAGUGAAACUAUAUUUAAGUACUAUAAGAGAGAGGAAGAGAGCGAGGAAUGCAGGUAGAUUUAAAAGUGAGGAGUUUACAUGCUUAUGAAAGAGAGAUAAGCAGGAAGAGGAAUGUAUGGUGGAAAAGUUGCCUAAUCUUAAUCUGAGAUCACUUCAUCUCAAGGUACCUGCCUCAAAUUUUCCUCAUUCUCUCUACACUGCUCUGGUUUCAAAUGUUCUCUGUUCACAAACUUGUCACAAUGAAAUGCUCUUUAUUAUCAUUUUUCACACCUCAUAUGGGCGUCUUGCUUUCUGCUCACUUAUUGCGUCCUUUAAACACGAUUUUGACAAUGAAAUCAUUGAUUGAAUAUUGGCAUGGACAGGGGUCAGCUAUCUUCUCUCAUCGGGAGAAGGGUAGCCAAAAUCUGCCUUGAUGGGUCCUGACACUUGUGCUGGCGAAGCUAGAGCUCGCUCAUGAGAGAUCUGACUUAUUGAGCUGAUGUCAUUCCAUUUUUUAAACAAUGAUUGGAUGAUUGGUUGUUUAGUGAUACAUUUAAAUGAUGAAUAGGGGCAAUUUGGGGGCGGGUGUUUCAAGCAAAAAUACUCUUUCAUCCAUGGAUGUAGAUAUGCUAGCUUGAUUUUUAUAUAGCUAUAAAUUAAACAAGCUAGUUUUACCCAGAAAAUAAGUUCCACCAAAUUCUUUGUGAGCUCUGAAGUAUCUGCUUCUCUUGAAUUUCAGUAUGCCACACUUGUUUGACAGGCAGCUGCCCCUUUUUUAUUUCUUUUUAUUUUGUUAAAUAACAUUUAAGAUGUGCUACAGCUGCUGUCUGACAUGUACUACAUUAAAACAAGGCAUGGGUAAAAAUAUAUAUAUAUAUAAAGAAAAGACAAAAAAGAAUAAAAUAGAAACAUUUUUUAAAGCCUAACAAGAACUGUUGAGUUUAUUAUUGUUAAGAUAUUUUACAUUUUACAUCCCUGUAUUCAACAUUACUGACUUUUUUCCACAAAAACUGAACCACCCCUCCUAAUGAACUUUUAAUUACUUUAAUGUAUUUUGAUCUAUAAAGACAUGAAGCUUUAUAGAGUAGUCAAAAAUGACAUUUUUUUGAGAGCGACUCCAUACUUUGAAGGAAAAAUAUUUAAUCCUGAGUCCUGACAAGACAGCUCUGGCACGUUCAUACCAAGGCUGUAUUGUUAAGCUGAAAGUGAGAUGUGGGUUGAUAUAUGAGCUGGUCCUUUUCCCAUCUGUUUACAUGGAGGAGACGGGGUUUAAGACUUGUGCAGCACUUCGUCCUGAAAGUUUUGGCUUCUCUUGGGCUGCUGUUGUGCUGUUCAUGAUUUUCCACUGUCUGAUCCAAAUGUACUCACAUUUUCCAUACUGUUUUGGAGGAGUAUUAACACAACUUAUAAAUAAAAGCAUGCACCUGUACCAGGACCAGGUUUACUAGUUUCAACAUGCAUUGUCGUAGAGACAAGUUUCUCCACACACUGUCCUGAGCUGCAUUGUAUCUUUGGUUUUCAGGUACAAUGAAAGGCUUAAAAUGGUAAAUUCUUCUUUAUAGAUAUGAUUAUAUCCAGUAUGCCCCACCCUACGAUAGGCCUCCUAUUAUUGAGAUAAUAUGGUCCUUGUUUCUGUUUAAGUCCUUUAUCGCGCACACAUCCUUCUCCAUAUGUCUUAUUUGUGAACAUGACACUAUCUUUUUUUUCUCCACAGCCCGACCUCCUGAAUUUCAAGAAGGGGUGGAUGUCCAAGCUGGAUGAGAGUGGCGAGGUAAGCUGCUGUAAAGCUGUAUGUGUGACUCCACCCAGAAGUCACAUUUUCCUUGCCCUCAGUCACUCAUUUUUUAAUGAGAAAGGUUGUGUGUAAGACGAUAGCAGCAGAUUAUCCUGGUUAUCACAGUAAUAGCAUUGUGGCUCCAGGCACAGCAGGUGUCUUCUCUUUUUCAAUGUUAUGCUUCAGUGACUGGGCUUCUCGCUUCACACUUCGCACACUGUUGAUCCGCUGCACCUGUGAUGCUGCUUUUUAAAAAUCAAACUCUUUUUUGGAUCACAAUGUCAAAUUUUGUUGCUGAUAUCAUGUCUGUCUUGAUUAAAUUGACACCUGUUGUGUUUCCUCAGUGGAAGAAGCACUGGUUUGUUCUGACUGAUGCUGGACUGAAGUACUACAGAGAUUCAAGUGCAGAGGAGGUACAUUUUCCAUUUCAUACUUGUUUGUUGUAGAAGUGAAAAUGGCUAAUGACUCAAAGUUAUACACAGAAAGAACUUAAUACCAGGCUUUCUUAUUGAUCAAAAUCACAAUAUCAAAACAUAAAGACAUGCUAGCAUGGGUGAACUACAUAAGGUAUAUUUUUAUUAUUACUCUAACUUUAAAUGGAAAGCAAAAACUUUAAAUUAGUGGCCAAUAACGGCACAUAAAGCAGCAACAGAGAUUAAAAUACACAGGGAGCCAAGUGACAUCAACCAAAUUGAAGAAAACAGACAUGAAGCAACCACAAACCAUGACUCUGCUAGGGCUUUGGGUCUGUUCUGAGACUGAAAAAGAAAAUGCCAACUAAAAAGUUUUGAUUUUAGCUUUAAUUUUUUAAGGAUCUGAGAACGAGCCACGUGAUUAUUCAUCCAUUUUUGUUUCCUGUGUGUAGUUAACAUCGCACUAUGAGACAGUGAAACCAAAUUAAAAAUUAAAACAACAUAAGGUAUUUUUUUAGACAGCAAAGUAAAUGAGAAAUACACUCUCUGUCUGUGCACUUUGUGAAAGACUUUCUGUGUUUUCUGAAUAGAAAGACGACCUGGAUGGUGAAAUUGACCUAAAAUCCUGUGUGAAGGUGUCAGAGUUUGAUGUGGAGAAGAAUUAUGGCUUUCAGAUACAGGUGAGGGUAUCUGUUACAGCUGAACUUUUCUGUCUAACACUCUUUUUUUUCCCUCUUUAUAUUCAUCAUCUCUUGUCCUCCUUUCCAACAUUGACCACACCCGCUCUCAAUUUCUGCUGCAUGUUGUUGUUUUUCUGUUAUCAUGUCUCAUCUCAGUGCGUAUCUCCUCUCUUUUCUCUCUGCUUGAGUUUUCUUUAUCCUUUGCAUCUUAUCCCACUUCUGUUACAUCUUUAUGCCUCCCUCACCUGUUUUUUUUUCCACCUUUGUUUUCCAGACGCGGGAAGCUGCAUUUACGCUGUCAGCCAUGACGGCUGGGAUCAGGAGGAACUGGAUAGAGGUUUUAAAGAAGUGCAUUCGUCCCAGCAGCUCCCCUGACCUCACUCAGUGAGUAAUAAAUAUUAAAGCCAAGCAUAAAAACAUGAAAUAUUUUCUGGGGUGUAAGCUAACUUUUACCCUAGAAAUGUCAAAGUUGAAGCAUAAAUCUGGGUUGUGUUGACAUUUACAAGUUCAGCUUUGCAGAAUCAGAAUCAAAAGUAGUUAGGAAAGGAAAGUGAAAAAAGGAAAGAAGGAAAGUGGCUGAAAGUUGGUCUUAAAGAGAAGUAAGCAUGAGGAAUAAGGAAAAUAUUUAUUAAAAAAAUAUAUAUUGUAAGUGUGAAUAUUAGCAAAAAGGAAAAAAAAUAAUUAUAAUCAAAAUGUACAAAAUUAAAAAAGUUUUAAAAAGUUAAAUAUAAUUAAUGGAGCUCCAUUUUUCAUUAUUUUUAGACCAGUUUUAGCCAGUUUUUAACAUUUUUUAGGCUUUUCAGUAAAAUUAAACGUAACCAAUAUAUUUCAGUCACAAAGAAACAUAAAUAAAACCAUCCAGUGUAAUUAGAGGCACUAAGUCAACACCACAAAUAUUCUAAGUAAAAACUUGUCAUUUAUCUUAUUUCUAGAAAACAAAAGUCAUAUUUAGCUUGAUUUAAUUUAAGACCUGAAUUUUUUUGUAAUAUGUAAAAAUAAGAGUUUUUUAUUCAUUACAAACCAUCUUUUUUGGGACUUUUUUGUUGACACUGGCUUAAAUCAAAGUUAACAGGAUUUUUUUCUCUUAUCAGAAAGAAGUGAGGCAACAAAAACUUUCUGGGACUUGAGUUUUUUUACUUUGGAUCUUUCCAUAGAGAACGUGUAACCACUGUGAUUUGCUUGAGGGAUAUAUUUCUCAACAGUGUUUUGCAUUGACCUUUUAACCCACAAGUGUCAGGAUUUUUAAGUGCGAGAUCUCCCAGUGUGGUAAUCUUGCUUAGACACACAAUCAGGGAGUCCUUGGGGAUCUUGUAUCUUUAAAUGUCCUCAAGAAUCUAAACACUGUUGUCCCAAAAAAUGAGAUUUUUGUACAUAGGCAGAAAGUUUGUGUGUAAUUGUCAUUUAUGAGCUUACUUUGUGUCCUGUUAGUUGAAUGCUUACAUGCAACAUCAAAAAUUGGCCCCUAAUUGUUUCAGUCUUAGGGAUCUUGGCUGUUUAAAAAGGAUAAAACGAAAUGUUAUGAAUAUAACUUCUGUUCCCUGAAGGAGAGGAACGAGGUACAACACAUAUAGUAUGGGAUAUCACGCCCCUGCGUGACCUGACUGAAGACACCUUUAUUCACGCCUUUAAGGCAGAUGAUCUGUGGUGACGUCUGGGAGGCUCCGCCUGCACAUAUAUACGUGUAACACCACAGUCAUCCUUCAGUUCGAUAGCCGCUCUUCACCGAGCUCUGCCGCGCAGCGGGGCAACCCAGUGUUGUACCUCGUUCCUCUCCUUCAGGGAACAGAAGUUAUAUUCAUAACAUUUCGUUCCCUUUCAGUCGAUUCACUCGGUACAACACAUAUAGUAUGGGACAUAUAUACACGCCCCGCAGAGCAGCCACCGAACCGAAGUCAAACCUCCAAAACUUUUAGUGCAUUGUAGACCCAGCAGAAAGGACAGCGUGAGCCACCGAAGGUGCUGUCACAUCCAAACGGUAAAACCGAACAAAAGUGUGCGGUGAUGACCAACUGGCUGCAGUGCAGAUAUCACUCACAGAAACCCCUUUAAACAAGGCCCAAGAGGCCGCCAUUCCCCUGGUUGAAUGUGCCCUCACACCUUGGGGCAACGGGAGACCCCUGCUGCCGUAUGCUAAGGAGAUAGCCUCCACAAUCCAGUGGGAAAGCCGCUGCUUAGACAGCGCCCUGCCCUUGGCUGGAUUAGCAAAACAGACAAACAACUGGUCACAUAAACGCACACUCUGAGUGCGGUCUAUGUAAGUGCGUAGUGCACGCACAGGGCACAAGGAAUGCAACCUCCUCUGCUCCUCAGAUGCAAAUGGAGGGGGGCAGAAGCUCAGCAGUUCAAAACUCAUAGAGCUAUAGGCUGUGGGGAUAAUCUUAGGUAAAUACGCCGCGUUUGGACGCAAUGUAGCCUUAGAUCCAUCCGGAGUGAACUGGGUACAAGAGGGAUGCACAGACAAAGCAUGAAGGUCGCCCACUCGCUUUGCAGACGUCAAAGCAAGUAGCAGUGCAGUCUUGUAUGAAAGAAAUUUCAUGUCUGCUGACUCAAUAGGCUCAAAUGGGGGUCCACCAAGAGCCUCAAGCACCAACCCUAAAUCCCAUGAGGGAACACUGGGUUUAAGAACAGGUCUUAGCCUGCGGACUCCCUUUAGGAAGCGCAUAGCAAGAGGGUGAGCGCCUGGCGUCACACCAUCAAAGCCAACAUGGCAUGCAGAUAUAGCCACCAAAUAGACCUUAAUUGUUGAGAAAGAGAGACCCUUAUCCAGCAGGUCCUGAAGGAAUGUUAAAACAUCCACAAUAGAACUCUGAAAUGGGAGUACAUUUCGGUCCUGACACCACUGCUCAAACGCCCGCCAUUUAUAGGCAUAUAGGCCCCUAGUAGAUGAUGCCCUUGCACUCUGGAUUGUUGCCACCACAUUUGGGGGCAGACCCUGAGCCAUUAAGUUGGACCUUUCAACAGGUAAGCAUGUAGUUUCCACAGUUCUGGGCGCGGGUGAAUCACCUCUCCUCCCGCCUGGGAGAGGAUGUCCCUGCAAAAAGGGAGCUGCCAGGGCCUCGCUACCAGCAGACUGAUUAUCUCUGCGUACCACGACUUCGCCGGCCAGCGAGGAGCCACCAGGAUCAGGGAGAGCCCCUGCUGGCGCACCCUUUCCAGAAUGGGCAGAAUCAUUUCCACUGGGGGAAAAGCAUAUAGCAGCGUGUUGGGCCAUGGGUGAGCUAGCGCAUCCAUCCCCAGGGGAGCAUUGCAGUCUGUUAUGGAAAAGAACAGGGGGCAAUGAGUAUUUGCUCUGGAGGCAAAAAGAUCUACUUCUGCCUUGCCGAAGCGGUCCCAUAUCUGAGCCACCACUAGUGGGUGCAAUCUCCACUCUCUCACAAGAGGACCCCCCCUGGAGAGAAGGUCUGGUCCAAGGUUUAAGUGACCCGGAAUAUGUGUGGCUCUGAGGGACAGAAAAUGAACACUGCACCAUAGCAACAGAUAGUGAGACAGUUUUAACAGGGGAAGAGAGCGUGUCCCUCCCUGCUUGUUUAUGUAAGAAACCACGGUUGUGUUGUCCGUCCUGAUCAGAACAUGAUGGCCUGUCAGAACGGGACGAAAGUGCUUCAGAGCUAAAAGGGUAGCUAGUAGCUCCAGGUAAUUGAUGUGGAGUUUGCAUUGUGCUGGCGUCCACACACCUCUCACUGCUGCGCCCUCGCACAGAGCCCCCCAACCCCUCAGGGAUGCGUCUGUGGACACCACCUUGCGAAAAGACACCCUCCCUAUCGGAGAUCCCUGUUGUAGAAAACCGGGUUCUCUCCACGGGAGAAGAGCUGACAUGCAAGACUGAGUUAUCGUCAGCCUCCUCUGGAGGUGACGCUGCGCGCACAGCCGGUGAGACUGAGUCCAGCGUUGAAACGCUCUCAUUUUUAACAGUCCGAGCGGCACUACAGCGAUCAUAGAUGCCAUCAUGCCUGUCAGCUGUAAAAUCGUCCGGAAACACAGUUUGCGUCCCAACUGAAAUUGUGCAAGGCAGCGGUGAAACGCAGCCACCCUGCGUUCUGACAGACGUGCUCGGCUUGAAACGGAGCAUAUUUCCAGCCCGAGAAAUGAUACCUGUUGACUCGGAGUCAGUGAACUUUUCUGUAAAUUUACUGAAAAGCCCAGUGUUUGGAUGUGCGAUAGGGUCAAUGACAGCUGAGCCGCUGCUCGUUCUCUGGAGCUCGCGAUUAGCACCCAAUCGUCCAGAUAGGCUAAGAUGCGAACACCUUUCUCCCGUAGCGGAGCUAAUGCCGCCUCGACACAUUUGGUGAAUGUUCGGGGCGAGUGAUAAGCCGAACGGCAGCACCAGGUAUUCGUAGGCUAUGCCCUCGAAUGCAAACCUUAGAAACUGCCUGUGGUCCGGAUGAAUUGCUACGUGAAAGUAAGCAUCUGUCAGAUCGAUAGUUGUAAACCAAUCUCCCGGUCUGAUCGCGCCCAGUAGCUGUCUGAGUGUUAGCAUCUUGAACCUGUAGGUUCGUAGGUAUUUGUUUAACACUCGCAAGUCUAGGAUAGGACGGAGCCCUCCUCCUUUUUUCGGAACAACGAAAUAGCGGCUGUACCAACCUUCGUUCGUUUCCGAAGCGGGAACAACUCGUAUCGCUCUCUUGUUCAACAAGUUGUUUAUUUCUUCCCUCAGCACUGCUGCUGCUUCCUCUGCUACAACUGUGUGUAUUACAGAGUGAAAGCGAGGCGGCCGGACCCUGAACUGUAAGCGGUAGCCGAUGGCAACAGUUCUCUCUACCAACGGUGAGACUGCGCAUGCGCGCCACCGAGAGAGACGAACAGUCAGUCGACUGACCUCCAGUACUGUGGGGGAGGGGUUGUCGCCCCCUAGCGUGCCGGCUGGGAACGGCAACACUUUCUCGCCCAGACUUGAUUGAUUCAUGAUGUUUUGAGAACAAAACGAAACCUUUAUUUGAUUCAAAGAACGUACAUUUGUGACAUUCACACAGUGAACAACAGGCGCCAUUAUUGGGGCAUGUGUAUGUGAGGGGGGGUUGUGCUUGGGAGACUGUGUUAAGGGAGUGCAGCGCCUCUCGGGACCGGACCCCUGAACGAACUUUAAACGCGGCCUCUUUGGCGGCAGAAAAUGAAGGGCGGCAGUGUCUCCGUGCUGCUGGCCCUCUCGAGUCGAUCCCGAAGCUAGGAUGACUGCUGCUUCUUCUUCCUGGGCGCCGAGUCCCUCCGGAAGCUCGGUGGCGGACCCUUGUUCCAAGCCGAAGGGCGUGGGUUCUGACCGGGUACAUAUCGCUUCACCGGCUGGGGCCCCAAGCUGGCGGGCGCUGCAGUCCUCUUAGGGGGAGGCGCUGGUGCCGUUUUGUGCGGAUAACCCUGUUGUUUGGGCCUCGCAUCACGCCUGGGGAUGAUGCUUCUCAAAGCUUCGGUUUGUUUUUUCCUCAGCUCAAACUUAGCUUGAAUGUCGUCGAGGGACUGCCCAAACAAACCGCUGGCCGACACAGGCUCGUCCAGAUAAACCGCUCUGUCCCUCUCCGGAACGUCGGAGAGAGUCAGCCACAGGUGCCUCUGCGCCACCACCGUGGAAGCCAUGCCUCUACCGAGAGACAGCGCUGCACAGCGGGACACACGGAGGAUGUAAUCUGUGGCGACCCUAGCUUCAUUGAGGAGAGGAGUAAGCGGACUGUCAGGAGGCAUACGCGAGCCGAGUUCUGCCAGACACAUAGCUUGAUAUGUCUGAAGCAUAGUGACGGAGCUCAGUGCACGAGCCGUAUUUGCCUGUGUCCUGUAAAUUUUAUCCAGCUGUGACGCUGAAAAUCUACAGUGCUUGGAUGGGAGCGUGAUGGGGCCACCGACACCGUGAUUCUGGGCCGGGGCCAGAUAAGCUGCCAGGGACGCCUCCAUAGGCGGAGGGUUCACCAAUCCAGCUUUUUCAGCUCCAUUUAGAUCCAGAAACUGUCCACAACCGGGCACUGUGGCGCGGGUGGACAGCGGCUUGUUCCAUGUCGAGGUUAGUUCCGCGACAAAAUCCGGGAACAUGGGCAAACUGUUCUUAACAGUCGUCGGUUCGGGUGGGAGAAAAAACCCUGUGAACCGCGACGGUUUUUGAGCUGGAGGAGGAGAGGGCCAUUCUACCUCCAGUUUCUCAGCUGCACGGCGGUACAGUGAGAGGAAGGAUGUGUCGUCCAGAUCAACCGGCGCAGCAGCGGCGGCAUACUGACCUGAAGACAACGGCUCCAGCUCAUCUUCCGAAAAACCCUGCACGUCCAGGCCGAUGUCCAGCACGUCAUCGUCCUCCUGGUAACAAGCUAGCCCGGAUAGCGGCUGGCCAGCGCCCUCGGAGGGGCCCGGCUCAAACCCAGCUGACCCGUCAGCACACUCCACAUGGUCUGCCCAGCUUCCAACUGAGCCUUCGACCAGAAAGUCCUCACCACCGGACUCGGACGAAGCCGGGUCUCUGGACUCGGAAAGGAGGGGGUCGUGCAGCGCAACAGCGGUUUUUCCAAGAAUUUUCUCCACAAACUUGACCCGCCUUCCCAGGGUUGAGCUCCGAAGCCGGUGACAGGACUCACACGACUCGGGCUCAGUCAACGCCCUCCUGGCGUGGACAAUCCCCAGGCAAACGGGACAAGCCUCGUGAAGAUCCUUCUCGUGAAGGGAGAAGCCGCACCCCUGAGGACAGGGGCGAACAGAAGACUUCGCCUUCACCUUCAUGGGCUUAGAGCUCAUAACGAGACUCAAAAGCUGAACGAAAUUAGCGCUCCGCGGGUAGCCGUAGGCUAACACCAACAUGGGCAGUUGAGCUAAAGUCGAUCAAGCAGUAGCCAGAGACAAGACCAGGCUAAUUUAGCAGCAGCUAGUUAGCCCGACUCGGUGUAGGUGUUCUCAGCGAGGUGAAGAGCGUAAGAACUGAAGGAUGACUGUGGUGUUACACGUAUAUAUGUGCAGGCGGAGCCUCCCAGACGUCACCACAGAUCAUCUGCCUUAAAGGCGUGAAUAAAGGUGUCUUCAGUCAGGUCACGCAGGGGCGUGAUAUCCCAUACUAUAUGUGUUGUACCGAGUGAAUCGACUGAAAGGGAACUAUCACUAUUAUUUACAGAGUUCUGUUUUCAUUAUUUACUAUAAGCUGCAAACUUUUUCUACUUUUUCAUAAAACCUGAUGAGUAAUUGUUCCAUUAGUUCUUGGAUUUAUAGGGUAAACCUGGUAGUUGACGCUGAAAUGAUAUCUUUGUUUGUAGACAUAAUAAAUAUGUCCUUUGCCCUUUUCUCCUCUAGAUUACCUGACAGUGGCAGUGAUAAGGAAAACUCCCAUUCCCGCUAUCUGACGUCGUCUCGUCGCCCCUUAUCGCGUCAUGCUGAUGCUCCAUCAGAACCGCCGAGCUCUGCCCCUCCUUCACAGCAUAGGUUCGAAUACGUAGAGUUGUCCCCCGUCCCUGUCUCAUCUGGCUCUCUCCCAUCUGGUCAGAGAGAGGCAGGGGAGGGUCAGGGGAGGGAGCACAGCCAGUGGCAGGAGGAGAGGAACACGAGCAGCCAGUGGGAGGCCGUGCUGUCCAGGAAAGGCACGAGCCGGGGAACAAACCCAAAGCUACGAGUGGAGGAGGAAAUAGAGAAAAAGUGGGCUGAGUUUGAGCGCAUGCCGUUAAAGGAGAUGAGCUCACUGCCAUCAGUGGGGUCACGGUCGACCAGCCAGUCAGCCAAUGAGGCGCUGCAGAGGGAGGUAGUGCGUGGAGAAGAUUUUCUAAUUUGCAAAUUAAUGAAAAUGCAAAUUAACUCUUCAUCCGUCCAGAUGGAGUCAACUUUUCCUUUUUCUGCCUGUUAACUCAGAAUUCUGUUUUUCUCACCUGCCUCUGAUUCUCAGCAGUUUUUCCUCUCAGAAAUUCAAAAUUAAACUGUAUAAUGAGAACUCAAAUGAUGUUAGAGGAAAUACUGCUGAAACUUUUGCUUUAUUUGUGUGUGUUUUGGUGUGCACCUUCUGUUUGACCCUGAUUAAGCUGAUUUUAUAACAAAUUAAAGAAAAUAAAAAGUAAAUUCCCUGAACCUUGUCCGUCAGUGGGCUUUACCUUCUCCUCUCUCUGUUCUCAGGUGGCGUCACUGAGGCAACAGCUGGAGGAACUACAAGUGGGAGGGGGAGUGGGAGGGGGAGGUGGAGGAAGGGUAAGGGGCGGCUGUGGUACUGAUGCUCCUUGCGGCCGCAGCCUGGCAGCGAUGGAGCGUGCUCACCGACAGGCCCUGGAGGAGAUGCAGAGGCAGCACGAGCGUCAGAUCAGGGAGCUGGAGACGGAGAAAGAGAGGCUGCUGCUGGAGGAGACGCAGGACAUCGCACAAGGUCAGGAAAGGGUCAGAGGUCAAAAAGAGUACACAAGUAGGAUGCCUUUUUUUUUCCCUACUAUAAGAUGGAGCAAAAUUGGAAUAAAAACACCUUCUCAAGUUCAUAUUUUGGUUUUGAAUUCCUUGAAUUACAAUUAUGUCAUUCAUAUCUUGGAGGAAAUACUCUACUCUGCUGAUUAUACAAUAAGUGGACACUGAUAUAAAGAUUCUUCAUCCAUGACCUGGCCUAUCCAGGUUAGAGAUUAGUCUAAGAAAGAAAAUCUUACUUUGACACAAUGAUAUGUAGGUUAAGAUCCCUAAAAUAUAACUUCCACAAAUAAUUCACGUACACGAUGCAGUUAAGAAAAAAAACUGUCAAGUCACUUCACAGCUUUUUGUUUUCAUCACAUCGUCGGCAUUAACUGUCUUGAACUUCUGCCAGCUGUGGUUAUCAGUACGUCUCACAAGAGCGUCACAGAGCAAAAUGUGUUUCAGGAAGUGACAAUGUGUAAAGAGUUUUGCAAGAUGAGUGUAUAAGAUGUGUAAAGUGUGACUAAUCAGGUAAAAUUCUUAAAACUUUAUGUAAGUGGGUUCAGGUUACUGAUUAUUAGGUACUGAGAAUUGGGUUUAAUGUUUUAAGAACUGUGACAUUUUCUUGGUUGUACCUUUUGAGUGUUGUCAUCCUUCACAAGGAGGUGUUGUGUGUUUUUGUUUCAGUGAUGGAGGCUUUGAAGAAGAAACACAAAGAGGAGCUGGAGAGAGAGGUGGAGAAAGUGAAGAGGCUGAGCUGCGGGACGCUAGAUUCACAGACGUUACAAGCUCAGCAGAAGUAAGUGACUUUUAAUCAGUUUAAUUUUGUGUGCAAGGAAAUACCCUGAGCACCAAGAUACAGAGAGGCAGCACUUUGUCAGGCAGUGUCCCCGAGGUUUAGCAAAAUUUGUUUAAAACAAAAUGUACAAAAAGGAGACGCUGAUGCUCUUCAAGCUGCCUCUAUUGCUUUGACUAUAAAUCCUUUGUCAUAACCUGGCACUCCCUCUUUGCCAGAGCAGUCUAAUAUUUGUAUUUUGUUUGAGAAGCUCUCUCAUGCCUCUAAAGGAGUUUUCUGUGAAAUUAAAGGUAGAUAUUUUAGACCCCACAGCAGCCCAUGGUUACAUGUCUAGUUGAGGCCAUUACCACAGCAGCCACAGGGUCCUGCACAGCACUUUAGGAAUGUAGGAGAAUUUGGUCAUGGAUUAGUUUUCCUUUGUAGACUUCAAAAGUCCUUGUGACGUAAUGCUGUUUCAGUUGCUGCUACUAAAACCUGCAUUUUACGGCUUAUCUCCGCUGCCUGCUCAGGGUUUCUGCACUCUGCACGCCCUGCCAUUUUUUUUUGCGGGUAUUGGUCUCGAGCAGAAGAGCUGUUUGAAACCACAAGAGGAAAUACUUGCCUCAUGAAAACUGAACAAGAAAACACAUUUGCACUUUAUAACAGCAUCCUGCUGAAUGCAUUAGCGAUACCAUGUGAUGUUUUUAUACCUACCUUUUUAUAGAUGCACAGGAGGAGGAGUUAGCUUUUGUUUCCUGAGCAGAAUUUGAAACGCACUGUCAUCCAUCUGUAGGUUGAUUACUUCCCAGCUGAAUUUCAGAGAUUGUUUAGUGUUAUUUUCUGCAUUUAUACAAUCUGCAGCAGCAUGAUUCUUUUGUUUAUCCCUCGUUUUCUGCAGUAAUCAGUGAGAACCCAACAUGAAAACGGUUUUAUUUUUCUUCCUGACAGGGCAGAAUGUCAGGCGUUGCAGAGAGAGCUGGCUGGACUGUCAGAGCGAUACUCUCAGAAGUGUCUGGACUUAAACCGAGCUGAGCAGAACAAUGCGGAGAGAGAGAGGGAGAUCAGCUGCAAGGAGAGAGAUAUGGAGCAGCUGAGGAAAGAGAAUCAGGUGAGUUAUCUGCAAGUGAUGGUGUGCAGGAACUAAAACUAGAACUAAAAGGUUAUCUUACCUGAUGGUUGUAUGCAGGUGUAUUUCUGAAUUUUAGUUCGACAUUUUAAACAGUUCAAAAGGGGUCUGUAGUCGAGGUAAAUAAAACUUAUGAUCCUCUGUCUGCAAAUAUAUGCAAACCAGUUGGCAGUCUUCAAACUCUUGAGACGUUUAUUUUCCUCUGCAGGAUUUGAAAGCCCGUUUGGCCGAGGAAAUCAGCCGUAUGCGGUCCACAGAUCAGGACUCUGAGAACAACAAAAGCCGGGCAUCCUGUGAACCAGAGGUAAAAGCUCUUUAUAUGCCAAUAUGCACUUUCAGGUUUUAUGGGCAUGAUACUGAAAGUGAACUGUGGUUUUCUGUUCUCUCAGACUGAAAGACACGCUACACUCAGUGAACUCUGCUCUUGGUUUUAAACAUGAAUGUGUCUUUUGUGGUAAAACAACAACAACAAUAUCAGCGGUGAUUCACUGAAUUCUGAUGCACAAGAAGUUUGCCACCCUCUGAAUGCUUCAAGUAAAUCCAGGAAUUGUAUUGUGAAGUAUGUUUUACAUGUUUUAAUUGGUACUAAAACACAGAUAUAAACUAUUUUGAGGUAUUUUGGUUUUAAUUUCUUUAACACAAGAAAAGGUUUCUUAUUAAGCAAUAGUGUACUAAUGAUUGCACCUUUCAUUGAUAGUCAGAAAGGAAGAUAACUGCCUCAUAAUUAAUAAUUAACCCAUGCCCAAAGACGUUUGUAGUCUGUAUAAUGUAGAUAAAACCAAAUUUGGUGGUUCACAAAUCAUUUAAACCCCGUAUUUCAUUAAAAAAGUGCAAAGACAAGUCAGGAUCUCAAAUUUGAAAGAAGAAAAAAGAGGUAAUGGAUGUUUGGGUCAAGGUGACAGCAAGUGGAGCUGUGCUGGUCAAACACCACACUGCUGUAUGAGCGAAUGAUGCAAAGAACAGCAGGUGACCAAAAGCCUAAAUCAUAUGCAGCAUGAAUCACAAUGACAGUGUUUGUCACAAUUACAGUGUGUUUUUGCCUGACUGAUGUGAUAAUUACAUUGAUUUAGAGUGAUGAGAAGAUGUUUCUUUUUGUGUCUUUUUUUUCUUUCAUUUUGAAGCCAAUGACAAACCACUCUGUUUUUCUCUCAGGUUCUUCUCAGGGUAAAAGAAAAUGAGAUCCAGUACUUGCACAAAGAAAUCAGCUGCCUUAGGAAUGAACUGCAGUUCCUUAAUACGGUAUGAGAAUGUGUUUGUCUGUUUGUCGUACUAUAUAUGUUUCACUAUCCACUCUUCACAAGUUUAUUAAAAUUUUAAAUGUUUGUGGGAAUUUUUCCGAUUUGUGCUGCUACCCUUUUUUGUUCUUAUGAGUGAGUGUGACAAGCAGUAGAUAAAGCACAAGGAAGUCUGACUGAGUACCACUCUUUGCUCUGUAGGAGAAGCGCCUGGCCUGUGAACGUUACACAGAGAUGCAGGAUGAGCUGAGCGGGAUGAAAGGCCGGAGCGAGCGGGAGAUCCAGAGUCUGAAAGAGCACCUGAGGCUGGCUAUGGCUGCUCUACAUGAGGGGCAAAAACUUGGUAACAGCCUGGACCACUGACAGUCUGCUGCUUAUACCAAACAGGUGUGGACUGCUAUAGCUGUCUCUAUAGAGACCAUAGAAUGUGCAUCUAUUUUUUAGUAGUUCAUCAGUUUUCUCCUUUUUCUCCCUGCAGGUGUGUUUGCACCAUGUUGACUGAAACACAGGGGUCCAAAGGAAAGCUGAGGAGAGGAUUCCAGAACUUUUCAGUUCUGCCUGCAUGAGGACCAUGAUAGUGCCUUAGUUUUCAAUCAUUCUGCCAAGGAGCAGCAUAGAGUAGGUAUUAAGCUGGUUUCAUAAGGGCCUGUGUCCACUAAAGACUUUUUAAUUUUUUAUAUAUAGGUUACACCCAUGACCACUUUUCACUGGCAUUUAUUUUUGCUAGGUUACGAAGUUAUCCUGCUGCACCUCUGCUUUCCAUAAAAGUGACCAUUAGAUCUUUUAUUAAAUAGGAGACAGUUUUUAAGGGCCUAUAUCCAUUAUUAGUCAUGAAACCUUUAACCUAUAUGUCUAAUUGAUAUGCAUUGAUAAUAAAAAGGACAAUUAUUCUGUCAAAAUUAAAAAUUUGUUUAAUGAUCAACUCCGUCAUAACACUUUAACUGAAAUGCUUCGUGCAAAUGUUUAAUAAAACUAUAAACAUCAUAAUGCCAAUAAUCUAUCCACACUGUUAUUGAAUGUUAGGUUUCCUUCAUAUUGGUCAAAAUUUUAUACAGGAAGAUUUGGGGUGUAACAACACAUUUUAUCCAUGAUAUGCUACAUAUUUGGAUACAUUGUUAGCCGCAUGAUACAAAGAAGAUAUUGGCUUUUUUAAAAUAGUAAAAUACAACACAAUACAAUUUCUAGAAAUGGAUCCAUUGAUACUUUUUAACCAACAUGUCAAUGUGUAUGGAACAAAUACCUGAAUAUACUGGAUAGCAUGGUUUAGGUUUUAGCAUUAUUUAUUAUGAGCACAGGGUCCUUGUCAUUUCUUCCACUCUAUAUUUUUACCAGUAUGUCAUCCACAACUUUGACUUGCAGAACAAAACCUUCUCACAUUCCAUUACAAAUCAUGACUGAAAGAGUUGAACAUUGUGUCUGCUCAUUGGUUGAGAUGGCCACACCUUCAACUAGGGAAAGUGAUAGCUUCACAUUUGUCUUCAACUUAUCGUACAGUGCAGGUAUGCAUUGUUUUGAGACGUGUAGACUGCAUGGUAUGUUGCAUCUAUCCUGGGAAACAGGAUUUGAAACAGCACUGUGUGGUGGCAAAUCUUACAGACAAAUCUGACAAUGGAUGCUGUGACAGCUUUAGCCCAACAUGUGAAAAUGUUGGUGAUGUCUGAGACUUUUUUCAGAGCUUAAAGCCCUUUUCAGGGUGCUAAGUACUAAAAAACCUAAACUACUUUGGUUAUCUUUAAAACAGGUGCUGUCAAUGCAAAAAUGCCUUCAGUGGACAUAGGCCCUUAAACAGGGCCACAUGUAUUAUAUAAAACUGCACUUUUCAUUUUUUAUAUGAGCUCUGUAUGAGUGCGCAUUUGGUCUGGAAACUGGAAAUUUGUUGAAUGACUUUUUUUUUUUUUUUUUGGUGUUGUAGAGUUUUAAAAGUUCACAGUUUUUGUUGGUUAAUUUUUCAUUUCUCCUGUUUUGUGCCUGAAACAUCAGAGGUCAACGGUUACAUCAGAGCUACUGUCAUUUCGGUUUAUGUUGUACAGUUUAUGAGUCAUGUUUACUCUUUGAAAAGGGCACAUUUUCUACAAACUGGGAGCUUUUCUUUACUGUAAUUUUUUAACCUGGAAAACGCAUGUGUAGUGUUACAAAAUAUAUUGGGAUUAAUACAGGACAAGACAGCCUAAGUAUCCCAUUUCACGCAGGCUGAAUUGAAAGUUGAGCUAUGUUCAUACAGAGGAAAAUUCAGGCUCAACUUUCUUUGCGGAUGUUUGUAAAAGCUGUCGAAUGAAUGUUGUCCCACAUUACAGUCUUAAUUUCAAGUUCCCGGUCUCCCUGAUCAUUAUAGGCAUUAGUUUACCACUUCAAAAACAGAUGACAGAUGUUGCUUUAAUGAGCCAAAUUUUUUAUUGACAGUAUGAAUUGUGAUAAAAUGACUUAUCUACCUGCCUUUUGAAAAUAUUUUCAUAUUUAAUGUACUGUACUGUAGAGCCCGUAUCAUCUUUGUAAAUUAUAGACAUUUUUGCAAUCAAUAAAACAAGUUCAACAAAAA